AUGGGUCAGAAGGUUACCAAAGCCGAUUUCACCUGGUCAUACGACGAGGAGCCACACGCCAGUAGGCGCAAAGAAAUGCUGGAAAAAUAUCCUCAAAUCAAGGAUUUGUUUGGGCUAGAUCCAGCUUUCAAAGUAGUGGUAUUAUGCAUGGUACUGACACAAAUCGGCUUCGCUUGGCUGCUGAGAGAUGCCGACUGGAUGUUGAUCGCUUUGCAAAUCUAUUUUGUCUCUGGGACAUUCAACCAUGCACUCACAUUAGCUGUGCAUGAGAUCAGUCACAAUCAGGCAUUUGGUACUUCUCGACCACUCGCUAAUCGAUUCUUCGGGUUUAUUGCCAAUCUUCCCAUGUGUAUUCCCAUGUCCGUUUCAUUCAAAAAGUACCACAUAGAGCAUCACAGAAACUUGGGUGAAGACAUCAUCGAUACUGAUGUGCCUACAGAAUGGGAAGCUAGGACGUUUUGUACAACUUUCGGGAAAGUGAUAUGGAUGUUACUUCAGCCAAUAUUUUAUGGUAUUCGCCCUCUGGUAAUUUAUCCAAAAUCGAUGACGGAUUUGGAAUUGCUCAAUAUUGUACUGCAACUAACCUUCGAUUAUUUUAUCUAUUCCUAUUUCGGUGUUAAGUCGCUUUUGUACCUAUUUGGCGGCCUCGUCAUCGGACUAGGCUUACAUCCAUUGGCUGGCCAUUUCGUCUCCGAACACUAUGUUUUCAAUCCACCGCAGGAAACUUACAGUUAUUAUGGGCCUAUCAAUCUCGUGACGUUCAAUGUUGGCUAUCAUGUAGAACAUCAUGAUUUCCCGUUCGUCUCGGGAGCGAACUUGCCUAAAAUUCGGCACAUAGCUCCGGAAUACUACAAUAAUUUGAAAUGGCAUGACAGCUGGUUACUAAUGAUGUAUGAUUUUGCCACCAAUCCUUCCAUGUCGUUGCGUUCCCGUAUUAAGCGCAAGUUCGCCAAAAAAGACGAGUUCAAUUUUUACGGUGUCGGGCCAUAUGAGACUAGUAAUGUGUAUAAAGCAGUUGCAAAGGUGAGGUUUUUGUUCUGUCCGUCUUUUAAUUCCCUGUUCAUAUUGUAG